UAAAAUCUCAAAUCUCAAUCCAAGACAUCUCGUCUCUUAAUCUGAGUCUCUCCCCCUCACUCACGGUGUCUCUCACAGCAGCUCUCAUCAAAACAACAGAAAGCGCUGCCGAUUUGCCGUUUGAAUCAUAUAAACAAUAUUGACUCUUACUGACCUCAACUGCCCGGAGAGUAGUUAAUCGCCCUCCAGAAUCUGUUUUCCAGUUUAUAGAGAAACACAAAUGGAUUCCUCACAAAAUCCAGCUGUGGGGGGAAAUGGAACACUGAUCUCUCAAACAAACGACACAACAGCUUCUGCAGCAGGAGCUAAUGAUUCUAUGCAAAACCUGAAUCAGGUCAGCAAUUCCAUUCAGAAAACCUUGGGCCUUAUCCACCAGCUUUACCUUACAGUGUCUACCUUCAACGCUGCCUUUCAAAUGCCACUCCUCCAACGCAUCAAUGGUCUUGUUGCGGAGCUUGAUAACAUGGUUAAAUUGGCAGAAAAGUGCAACAUUCAGGUUCCUAUGGAGGUUGUAAAUUUAAUUGAUGAUGGGAAGAAUCCAGAUGAAUUUACCAGGGAUAUUAUAAACAACUGUAUUGCAAAGAAUCAGAUCACCAAAGGAAAAACCGAUGCUUUAAAGAAUUUUCGCAAGCAUCUUUUGGAGGAAUUGGAGCAGAACUUCCCUGAUGAGGUUGAAAGUUUUAGAGAGAGUCGUGCUGCUUCCGCUGCUCCAUCGGUUGUUGUGUUCACCUUCAAAGUGGAGAGUUUUUGUUUUGGACUAAUUCAAAGUGGAGAGCUAGAGGGUCUGAUGGUUCUUGUUUCCAAUCCUAAAUAUGUUCUAUGACUUUGACAUCCUUUGCUUUCUGCGUUCUUUUUUCACUGUGGAAGUGAUUGAUGACUCGUAUGGUAGCCAUACUAGCAAUAUCUCCAUUUAUUUCCUUCACUGCCUUCUUUGUUACUUAUUGCAAUUGAUGAGUUUCUUUCUACAUAUACUCCUGCAUCACCUUGAGAUCUGAUAUGCAAAUAGAAACCAGGCUUUGUAUUUCUGCUUCCCUUCUACUCUUCUUUCAUUGACUGAUAAUGGAAGCAAGCAAGAAACAUCAAUCCAGGGAGAAGAAAAAGAUAUAACUUGCAAGAUACUGAGAAAGAAAAUAAGAAAAAAAAGAUGAUGUAGCUAUUAUGUGGUUUACACAGCGUUGUCAAUUUUGGAUCGCAGAAAAUAGUUUUGUUCUAAUUCCUCUACACCACAGUGCUAUAGCAUAUAACCUAUAUUUGAUGA